UAACUUGACUUAGGAUAUUCAGUGAUACUGAUAGAGUAAUAAUACUCACUAAUACUAUUAGUAAUAGCUUCUUAAGUUCUUUUCAAAUUAGUUGAGUAAGGAAUUAGGCUUAGGAGCGAAUUAAGGAGGAAAGUAACAAAAAAUGGUGAAAACUUCCAAGAUUGUACAAGAAAUUUACAAAAUCGCAUCAGGCUCAAGGGAGAAACUAUUACCUACAAGACUGAGUCAGCUUUUUUUGCCUGCUAAUACAAAUCUGUUAGAUACUAAAGCCCAGAUUGAAGGAAACUGUAAGAGCCAGCGGAUAUUGCAAACACAAGGUAUAGUUAUUCCAGCAGGCCCAGGUACAUUUCAUCUUCUACCCCUAGCAAGCAAAGCAAUGAAUAAACUCAUAGAUAUUGUGGAUAAAGAAAUGAAAAAAAUUGGAGGUCAGAAAAUAUUCAUGCCAUGUUUAACUACUGGAGACUUAUGGAAAACUUCAGAGCGAUGGGUGAAUAUUGGGGCAGAACUGUUUAAGCUGAAGGACAGACAAGAUCGGGAUAUUUGUCUAGGACCAACUCAUGAAGAAGCUGUAACAUCUCUUGUAUCAUCACUACCAAAUUUGUCCUACAAACAAUUACCAUUGAAACUUUACCAGAUCACUGCAAAGUUUCGUGAUGAAAUGAGGCCUCGAUUUGGUUUGUUGAGAGCAAGAGAAUUCUACAUGAAAGACAUGUACAGCUUUGAUAUAUCAGAGGAAGAAGCUCAGUCCACUUAUGCUGAAGUCUGUGAAGCUUAUGAUAGGAUAUUCAAGCAGCUCUGUUUACAUGUUGUGAAAGUUCAGGGGCUGACAGGAAACAUAGGAGGAAAGUAUUCUCAUGAAUACCAUGUCUUGUCAGAGAUAGGAGAAGACCAACUACAACUGUGUACCAGCUGUGACUUUAGAACAAAUGUUGAGCUGCAAGAGACUAUAUCAGUUUGUCCUAUGUGUAAAUCACAUAUGAAGAAAAGUCAAGGAAUAGAAGUUGGUCACGCCUUCUAUCUAGGCUCUGUUUAUAGUGAAGCAUUCAAUGCACAAUAUAUCAACAAGAAAGGAAAACCAGAGCUGCUACAGAUGUGCUGCUACGGUCUUGGAAUUACACGACUUAUGUCGGCUAGUAUUGAAGCUUUAUCAUCAAAAGACAAACUACAGUGGCCUUUAAAGCUUGCUCCUUAUUUAGUAUGUGUGAUACUACCAAAGGCAGGCAGCAAGGAAGAAAAAAGCUGUCUGUUUGGAGAACACGUUGCUAUGGCAUUAGCUGACUUCCCUGGUUUAGCAGACAAUGUUGUCAUAGAUGAUCGAACACAGCUGACCAUUGGUCGAAGAAUUUUAGACUGUGCCUCCUUAGGAUUUCCUUAUCUGGUUGUUGUAGGAAAACAGUCUGUGGAAGCACUUCCAAAAAUUGAGAUUCAUGAUGUUUACAACGAUAAAGUCCAUGUUCUAACGCAUGCAGAGACGAUGGAUUUUUUCAGGGAAAAUUGUGCAUCCUAAGGUGAAGCUAAUUUUAUGAAUAGUCAUGUUUAAGUAAAUGGAAAUAAUUUGAAAUCUAUAUGGUGUAUGCAGAGAAUGUAGAAUCAGCAACAAAUUAAAUUCAGUAGUUUGGCUUGUUGAUUGUUUGAAAAUGUUUGUAUGUAACACAAACAAUUUUUAUAAGUGUGAUAAAGAUCAAUAUUCUAGGAAGCAACUUUGUUCAUUCUAAAUAAGUUAAAAUAUUCUGGUAAUUGAAUGAGAACAAACCUACAAAGGAUAUUUCAGGCCUGGUGGUUAUGGUGCUCAAUUUCCAAGAUGUGGAUCACAGGUUUAAAUCCCAUCACAGAACAUGCUCACCCUUUCACUUUGGGGGCAUUACAAAGUGAGGGUCAAUCCCACUAUUCAAUUAGAGUAGCCCAAGAUUUGGCAGUGGGUAGUUAUGACUAGCUUCUUUUCCCUCUAGUCUAUCACUUCUAAGUUAGGAUAGCUAGUGUAGAAAGCUCUUGAGUAGCUUUUCAUGAAAUUCAACAAACAAACAAAAGCAUAUUUCCAAAACAAUUCUUAAGAAUCAAAGAGAAUAGUUCUCAUUGUUUCUCUAAACAUUUUACUCUGAAACUUCAAAUUAUGAAUUGACAUAAAUUUUACACAAGUAAUCAAGAUAAAAAUAAUUUAAGUUAAGGGUUUUAAAAUUCAAUUUCUAUGAAUGAACUAGA